CAUUGGCACAAGUUAGAUUCUUUUAUGUUUCAAAUAUAAAGAAAGAACUUGCUUUUUAUGGUAAAACACUAUUAUUAAAUAAAGUACAAGUACAAGUAAUAUUAGCAACUUUCCUAAUUGAAGAUAAUGAAAGAAUUAUAGAGGAUUUCGAAGUAGAAGAACUUGAAUUAAAUAAUUUAGAAAUAAUUGAACAGUUUGAUAUUAAAAAUAUAGUAUGUUUAAAUAAUGAAAUAUUUCAAGAUAAUGAAUCAGAUGUUGAUA